CCACCUCCGCCUCUCCACCCUCUAGUCCACGCGUCACUCCAGUCGUACCGCCAAGAUGCGUGAGAUUGUUCACCUCCAGACCGGCCAAUGUGGUAACCAAAUCGGUGCUGCCUUCUGGCAAAACAUCUCCGGCGAGCACGGCCUCGACGGCUCGGGCGUGUACAAUGGCACGUCAGACCUUCAGCUGGAGCGCAUGAGCGUCUACUUCAACGAGGGCAGCGGCAACAAGUAUGUCCCCCGUGCCGUCCUCGUCGACCUCGAGCCCGGUACGAUGGACGCCGUCCGCGCUGGCCCGUUCGGCAACCUCUUCCGCCCGGACAACUUCGUCUUCGGCCAAUCCGGUGCGGGCAACAACUGGGCCAAGGGUCACUACACCGAAGGUGCCGAGCUCGUCGACCAAGUCCUUGACGUCGUCCGCCGCGAGGCUGAAGGCUGUGACUGUCUCCAGGGCUUCCAGAUCACCCACUCUCUCGGCGGUGGUACUGGUGCUGGCAUGGGUACCCUCCUCAUCAGCAAGAUCCGCGAAGAGUUCCCCGACCGCAUGAUGGCCACCUUCUCCGUCAUGCCCUCCCCCAAGGUCUCCGACACCGUCGUCGAGCCGUACAACGCAACCCUGUCCGUCCACCAGCUCGUCGAGAACUCCGACGAAACCUUCUGCAUCGACAACGAAGCCCUCUACGACAUCUGCAUGCGCACGCUCAAGCUCAACAACCCCUCCUACGGCGACCUCAACCACCUCGUUUCCGCCGUCAUGUCCGGCAUCACCACCUGCCUCCGCUUCCCCGGUCAGCUCAACAGCGAUCUCCGCAAGCUCGCCGUCAAUAUGGUCCCCUUCCCACGUCUGCACUUCUUCAUGGUCGGCUUCGCCCCGCUCACCGCCCGCGGCGCCCACAACUUCCGUGCCGUCACCGUCCCGGAGCUGACCCAGCAGAUCUUCGACCCCAAGAACAUGAUGGCCGCCUCCGACUUCCGCAACGGCCGCUACCUCACCUGCUCCGCCAUCUACCGCGGCAAAGUCUCCAUGAAAGAAGUCGAGGACCAGAUCCGCAACGUGCAGAACAAGAACACAGCCUACUUCGUCGAGUGGAUCCCGAACAACGUCCAGACCGCUCUCUGCUCCAUCCCACCGCGCGGCCUCAAGAUGAGCAGUACGUUCGUCGGCAACAGCACGGCGAUUCAGGAGCUGUUCAAGCGUGUUGGCGAUCAGUUCACGGCUAUGUUCAGGCGUAAGGCUUUCUUGCAUUGGUACACAGGUGAGGGUAUGGAUGAGAUGGAAUUCACGGAGGCGGAGAGCAAUAUGAAUGACCUUGUCAGCGAGUACCAGCAGUAUCAGGAGGCGGGUGUGGAUGAGGGUGAGGAGGAGUAUGAUGAGGAGGCGCCGCUGGAGGGCGAGGAGUAAGCGAUGUCAAGCUGUUACGUCUCCGAGUCAAAGGACGCACGU